GUUUCCGCCCUUAACUGUGAAACGUCGUCCUUUGGUCCUAAGACUUCUAACCUUCGUCACCCAAAAAAUUUUUUAUUUUGUUUUUGAAUUACAUGUACUUUGUUGAGAAAAAUUGAUUCCUAAUAUUUUCAAGGAACUUUUCAAACGGGUAAACGUUCAUUGCGAUUUAAAAAUGAUUUCAAAAAGUCGGUACAGCUUUUUGCUUCCCUUUUAUCUUAUCUGAAUCUCCAUUUCCUUCUGCCUAUAAAAACCCUAAUGAAACGUCAAGUAAAAAAAGGAAUGCAAAAACAUUGACAAGAAUUUGAUUGAGAUAAGUGGGAGUGUUUUAUCUUGGAAAGUGUUGGUUGUUGGCAUUCUGAUAGUAGUCAUUUUCAAAAUGAGUGAACCCCAAGUUGUAAAUCCUACCCAACUUCAAGUUGAAGAAACUCCUCAAGCCCAGGUUACAGAACCUGCCAAACCUGUUCCAAAAGUAAUAACCAAAGCUUCAAUAAGAAAACGUGUAUGGAACCAUUUCUCUGAAAAUAAAUUGGGAGUGUUCCCUCCACACUAUGGCAGAAUUCCUAAUUUUGCCGAUGCAGAUCAGGCUGCAGCAAGAAUACUUGAAUUGGACGUUUUUCGCUCUGCCAAAUCGAUAGCGGUGACUCCAGAGAAAGUUGUGGAACUCGUAAGGAUAAAGACAUUGAGCCACGAGAAAGAUUUGUAUGUACCUUGUCCUGGGUUUGAUUAUGGUAUGACAAAGAAAAUAGAAUUAGUUUUUGAGCAAGACAUCAAGUCUAUUGUCUCACGAAGAGGAAUGGAAUGUUUUGGGAGGAGGGUCGACUUCAAAGAAAAAAUUCAUAUUGAUUUGAUAGUGAUGGGAAGCGUUGCUGUUUCUGAGGACGGAUUGAGAAUUGGGGAGGGGCAAGGUUUCGUUGAUUUGGAAUAUGCCAUGCUCAAGGAUUUGGAAGCGGUUGACGAUAAAACUAAGAUUGUUACCAUCGUUCAUGACUCUCAGGUAUUCGAUAUGCCGCAUGGUAUCUUCAAGAAAUACGAUGUACCCGUCGACUAUAUUUUAACGCCAACUCGUACAAUCAAGGUGGAACGCGGCUUGCCAAAACCUGAAGGGAUCGUUUGGGGCGAGUUGACCCAGAGACGAUUGAGAAACAAGAGCAUUUUAAAAAAAUUAAGACGAAAAUACGAAAGUGAAGGUAAAGACACGACAUUGAGAAAGGAAACAAAGGCAGAAAAACGGAUGAGGAAUCAGCUUCUCAGACCAACUAGAUACAUUAGAAGUAAGCCGAAACUGAAAAUAAAAAAUUCUGCUGGCUCGUCACCAGUUCAAAAUGAAGACGGCACCUCUCACAGAGACUCCCCCGCGUAUAUCGAAAGAGUUCCGUCUCCAAAGAUCUUUAGAAGGAGAAAGAAGUAUAAACAUAUAGAUUACUCUCUCAGGGUCAGUAAUAUACAGAGGAACGUUAGAGUGAGUGAAUUGAAAAACGCUCUCAGGGAAAAGGGGAUCAAACCUUGCAAUAUAUCCUGGAAAGGUAACCAGGGUUACUGCUUCUUGCAUUACUCCAAGAAACAAAAUAUUGCUGUGGAAGGAUCGGAUGCUAUCAAUAAUGUGAUUGAGAUGAUCCAGGAAUUGAAAUUGAAUUCAGAUACAGACAAGAAUUUGAGCGUUAAGGUCAUGGAACCGAUAACGAGAAUCGAGACAGUUAAUGUUACUGCGGUUUAACUUCAUUCUGUAGUUUGUAGAGGAUAGAUUUGAACAGUUUUCAUUUUGAGACUUGAUGCGGUGGUACAAAUUUUGUUUAGUUCCUUUAUUGACGCCAAUUUUUCGGCACUCAUGUGAUUCAUUGUGGCUAUAGAAUUUUUCAAAGUCGUGACUUCCAUUUUACCAGUAGAUUAUGACUUGAAAUAAAGGUAAUAAAGGUAGAUUUUUAGUUUAUUCAACUAUGUAGUUCAAAGUUAUUCAUAUUAUUUUGAUAAUAAAAAUAUUUUGCUUAA